AUGGCUACUCCAUGUGUUGUGACAUACUCCAUCAUCAAUGGGCGUGGUCUGAUUGGAGUAAUAUUUAAAAGUAAAAAUGGCAGAUUUGGUGGUAUACUAAGUUUUGCUCGAAGUUUUGUCAAUUUUAAAAAGCUUUUUAUUUUUACAGAAAAAGAAAGGAACAAUCUAUCAAGAGUGGAUCACGUGAUAUUAGUCCUCUCUGGUAAAGGAGGAGUUGGUAAGAGUACAGUAACACGUCAAAUAGCACUGGGACUAGUUGAAGAAGGAAAGAAAGUUGGUAUAUUGGAUAUUGAUUUAUGUGGUCCUAGUAUACCUCACAUGUUUUCAUUAACUGGUAGAGAUGUACAUCAAGGGACUGAUGGGAUUCGGUAAUCAAUUUAAUACCAAGAAUGUCAAAUUUGGUCAAGGAUUAAGAAAGAUACAAACUGUACAAAAUUCAAUAUUUG